AUGGAGCCGGGGGCCAAGGUCACUGGCAAACUUCUCAAUAUCUUGAUCACCAUAGCAUCGACCUGCGGCUUCGUCCUCUUCGGCUACGACAAUGCGCUCUUCUCCGGUCUGAUCAUUUCGCCAUGGUUUCUUCGCACUUUCGAUGACCCCAAUGCCAGCCUCUUGGGGACAAUCUCAGCUACCUAUAACUUGGGCGGAUUUGCAGGUGCCGUGAUCGCGUUCUUCAUUGGAAAUGUACUCGGACGGAGAAGAACCAUUCUUACUGGCAUUGCGAUCACUACCAUCGGUGCUGUUCCAUUCGCUGCGGCUACCAACUUGGCGCAGCUCACCGCAGGGAGAACGGUAUGCGGUGUUGGAGUAGGGAUCAUGUCAUCGACUGUUGGCCUUUGGCAGGCAGAGACCGUCCCAGCUCGAGCCAGAGGCGCCUACCUAGUUGGACAGUUGCUGUAUGGCGCUACUUUGGGCUUGUUCCUCGCGCAGUGGAUCAACUACGGGUUCUACAACGUAAGGACGAGAGUUGCCUUUGCCUUCCCGGUGGCAUUUCAGGUUGUCUUUCUCUUGAUAUCGACAUUGCUGGUCCUAGGUCUCCCGGAGUCUCCGCGGUGGCUUGUAAAGAAAGGUCGCAACAACGAGGCAAUGGAAGUGCUGACUCGUCUGACUGGCCAAGACGAUGCCCAAGAGAGGCUGCAGCAGAUUGUCGAAGUCGAUGCUUUGGAAAAGAAUGUCAACAAGAGCCGAUAUCAAGCUCUGUUCACCAAUGGUCCGACGCAGAACUUUAGGCGGCUGUGCCUUGCCGUUGGCGUUAUGAUAAUGCACCAGCUGGCAGGCCCAAACACCGUCACCUACUACUUACCACGACUGCUGAUCACCUUCAUCGGAGCCUCACGUAAAGAAGCCCUUUGGAUCUCCGGCCUUAGCUCAGUCGACUCAGCCUCCGCAACGCUCGUCGCCAUCUUCACAGUCGAUCGAUUCGGGAGAGUGCCAUACAUGCUCUGGGGGGCUGUCGCACAAGCAAUCAUGUUUGUCAUCAUCGCUUCGCUGCUGGGGACUGCACCGCCAGGGAACAAAUCCUUUGGUGUUGCAGCAGUCGUCAUGCUGUUCGUGUACUAUUGGAUCAAUUCGCUGUGCUGGUUAGGGCAGUCUUGGGCUUAUCCGGCUGAGGUGUUGCCGCUCCAGAUUCGCGAGCAGGGCCUUGCCAUCGGUAACAUGUUUUACUGGCUGUUCCAGUUCAUGAUGGUGGAGAUUACGCCAAUCGCUGUCAAGAACAUUUAUUACAAGUUCUAUGUCAUCUUGGCCGCCUUCAAUGUCUGCAUGGCGAUCAUCGUAUGGCUGCUGUAUCCGGAGACGGCGAAGCUGAGUUUGGAGGAGCUGGACCUCUUCUUUCACGAGGAGGGAAGUGUCGGGGUCAAGAUCGAAGGGGAAGCAUUGUGA